UAAAAGGAAAUCGGGAGUAGGUAGUUGUGCUAAACGGCUAAACCCAGACCCUUUCCAUCAUUACAGUUUUGAACAGACUACACCCCGUUACCGUUUCUCUCCCUCCUCAACAAUGGCCGUUCAAACCGAAGAGGUAGAUAAUCAACCACCAAAUUCUUCAACCACUCCGCUCUCCCACAAUGUUCUUGUCGAAGAUGAACCAGAAGAUAACGAUAAUGAAGACGACGAUGACGACGCUGAAGAAGACGAUGACGAAGAAGCAACAUCUUCGUCGUCAACGGAACCAAGCGAUCGAUUAAUUAGGGAUAAAAUGACGAAGCUCGUUAAUCGAAUGAGGUCUGCACCAGUUGCCUUAAGAGUCCAUGAUGUGAUUAUUAAGGGGAAUUUGAAAACUAAAGAUUCUGUAAUUGAAGCGGUGAUUUUAGAUGACCUGAAGCGAGCUUCUACUCUUCAAGAGAUUUUUCAAGCUGCUGCAAUUGCGGAUUUAAAGCUUCGGCAGUUGGAUAUCUUUGAUUCGGUUAAUUUUACUCUUGAUGCUGGACCUAAGGAGCUGCCUGGUACUACGAAUGUUAUUAUUAUGGUUUCAGAGACGACGAGUCCGCUAACUGGUCAAAUUGGGAUGUAUACAAAGCCUGGGGUUAGAUCUUGGUCUCUUGAAGGAAAUUUGAAGCUGAAGAAUCUGCUUGGUUAUGCUGAUAUUUGGGAUGGGUCUGUAUCUUUUGGAUGGGAUCAGACAACAGAGGUUAGUACUGGUGUCUCACUGCCCAGAAUCAGACAUUGGCCCUCACCUGUGUUUGCUCGAGCAUCUAUACUCACCCAAGACUGGCUAAAGUCUUCUUCAUACAAAGAACAAGGAUUAGGCUUUAGUCUUGGUCUACUAUCAACAAGGAACCAUGAGUUGGUAUACAAUUUGACUUGGCGCACCUUAACAGAUCCAUCACAGUUGGCAAGUAAAUCAGUAAGGAGUCAACUUGGGCAUAGUUUAUUGUCUUCGUUGAAAUACACAUUUAACAUUGAUAAGAGAGAUUCUGCUUUGAGGCCUACUCGCGGAUAUGCUUUAAAAUUUACUACUUUAUUUGCUGGCUUGAAUCCUGAUUGUCGGAGUGCACGCUUUCUGCGACAGGAGUUUGAUUUCCGUUAUGCUCUACCAUUGGGAUUUUAUCAUACAGCCCUUAAUCUUGGGUUAUCAGCUGGUGUUAUUUUCCCAUGGGGAAGGGGAUUCUUGGACAGACCAUCAUCCCUGCUGGAUAGGUUCUUCAUGGGUGGUAAUUCUUCACCAGUUUGCUCAUUGUCAGGGCCAAGUUCUCUGUUUGGUUUCAAGUGUAGAGGACUUGGGCCUACUGAACCACGUAGACAAACUAGAGACAUACCGUAUGAUGAUUCCAGUGCUGCUGCAGAGAGGGAUGCUCUAGGCGGAGAUCUGGCCGUCUCUGCAUUUGCAGAUCUUUCAUUUGAUCUUCCAUUGAAAGUUCUCAAGGAAGCUGGGAUCCAUGGUCAUAUCUUUGCUGCCGCUGGUAAUCUUGUUAAAAUAACAGAGAAUGAGUGGCAGAAAAUAUCCCCAAAUAACUUCAUGCAAUCGUUUCGAAGUACUGUUGGUUGUGGCAUUAUUGUUCCCACUAAACUAUUCCGACUCGAGGUUAAUUACUGUCACUUAGUGAGGCGAUUCGAGCAUGAUAAUGGAAAAACUGGUGUGCAAAUUGGCUUUUCUUCCCCAUUUUGAACAUUGGAAAGAGCCUGGGAUUUUUUACUCAGUAAUGAGGCUCCAGAAAAUUGUCUAGAAUACACUCCUUGAUGUAGAUCGUGGGCUAUAUACAUGGUGUUUGGUUCAUUCCUCAUAUUCUGUCGAAUUACUGUUGACCCAAUAUGUUUAGCUGCAAUUGCAAAUCCACCAUUUACUGGUUGCUCCAUAAUAUAUGUUCCCUCGGUUCUCCUUUGAUGUUUUCAUUUGUCAUUUGGGAUUGUUUUAAUUGAUGUUCAGCUAGUCUUUUGAGAGCAGCUGGUCUUGGAUGAGGACGAGACUACCUCAUAAUAAGACCGUAAAUUUAGGCUGGUCCAAUUCGCGCGUGUAACAACUUGGGUAUUUUUUUCAUUUUCUGAUCAUUUUUUAAUUUUGAUCUUAAAGGUAUCAAUUUUCAAAAUUGAGAAAUACCCAGAAAAUUGAAAUGUUGUUACAUGCUCGAAUUGGGCCAACCCAAAUUGACGGUCUCAUAAUGAGAUCGUCUCGUCCAAGUUUUUGUGUUUUGAGAUACCGUCUCUUUGAGAGACAUAUCUCAAGCCCAACCCAUCAAAGAUCAACACCUACUUAUUGUAUUCUUAAUGCCUACUUACAUUAUCCUUAAUCCUUACUUAUCAUAUCUUUAAUGUCUACUUAUCAUAUCUUUAAUGUC